AUGUUACCGUUGCUUCCGUUUUACCUGGUGUCAGUAACACUGGGAAUCUCGGUGGCUUGUAUGCUAACUUUAUUCUUUCCAUCGUGCCCAUCGAUUGUUCCAGCCCUUACCACCUAUGGCGUAUCUGCACUUUAUUUACGGGAUAAAGUCCAAUUCAUACGAUCCAUUUCUGUUCCAAAAAGGUGGUUUUGGCAUUUUUAUCUUCUCGGAUCUUUCUGUGCGAUGUCAUGGCUGCUUUUCUGCGGAGCGGUUUCUCAUCGUAUGACGAUCCCUUCAGAAAUGCUUCGGAGUGGUCUUGCCUUGGUCACUCCAGUGAAGCCGCAGUUUAACUGGUCCACGACCGUGCUUGCGUUAAGCUUGGUGUUGUUUCAUGUUACGCGAAGAUUAUGGGAGACGUUAUGCAUUUCCGUGUACUCAGACACCACAAUGAAUAUUUUCCAUUAUGUGGUAGGACUCAUUCAUUACACAAUCCUUCCUCUCACGAUCGUGUGCGAAUCGAAAGGCAUCGCAGACAACAGAUACGGGCUGAUUGUCACAUCGUCGGCGAUAUCUUCUGUGCAGUGGAUUGGAGUAGCUUUAUUUUUCACGUGUAAUCGACAGCAACAUCUUAUUGCGAAAGAUAUCGCUGCACUAAGAAAAGCACCGGACGGACUCAUUUCUAAUUACGCUCACGGAAUAUGCUAUGGAGGCUGGUUCGACUACAUUUCCUGUCCGCACUUUUUUUUCGAAAUGGGCAUCUAUUUCUCCCUUUGGUUGGUGCUUCCUCACGCAUAUACAUUUCAAUUUCUGCUUAUAUUCGUAGUGGUAAACCAGUUGUUUGCUGCACAAAUUACCCACCGCUGGUAUCGACGGACAUUCAAAACAUAUCCACGAGGUCGGAAAGCUAUUAUCCCAUUCAUCUUAUAG